AUUGACUCCAUUCAGUUGCGUGGCAUCGGCGAGAGCAGCAAGAUGGAUCUGUUAAGCUACGUGUUGACCGCGUUCGUGUUCGUCGUCUCGAUUGCGUACCUAUAUCUGCGCAGUCGGCACAACUAUUGGCGUGAUCGGUGCUUUCCCUACACGCGCCAGAAGCCCCACCUGCUGUACGGGCACAUGGAGCAGUUCCAGUCCAAGCACGCAUCGUACAUCAACGAGGAGCUGUACUGGGAGUUUAAGAACCGCGGCGAACCGAUCGGUGGCAUGAGCAUGUUCUUCCUGCCCGGCCUGAUCGUGGCCGAUCCGGAGCUGGUGAAGUCGAUCCUGGUGAAGGACUUUAGCGUGUUCCACGAUCGGGGCGUGUUUAACGAUGCCAAAGCGGACCCGCUGUCGGCCCAUCUGUUCGCGCUGGAGGGUCACGAGUGGCGCGUGCUGCGCCAGAAGCUUACGCCCACGUUCACCUCCGGCCGGAUGAAGCAAAUGUUCGGCACGAUACAGCAGGUGGCGGGCGAGUUCUUGAAGUAUAUGAACGAGCACUGCCACCGCGAGAUUGAGAUGAAGGAUGUGCUGGCCCGCUUCACCACGGACGUGAUCGGGACGUGCGCGUUCGGCAUCGAGUGUAACACGCUGAAGAAUCCGGACUCGGACUUCCGCAAGUACGGCAACAAGGUGUUCGAGCAGGACACGCUGCUGAUGCUGAAGUUUAUGUUUGCGACCACGUUCAAGGGUUUGGCGAAGCGCAUCGGCAUGAAGCUGACCGACGAGGGUGUGGAGCGGUUCUUCCUGCAGGUUGUGCGCGAGACGGUGGAGUACCGCGAGAUGAACAACGUGCAGCGGAACGACUUCAUGAACCUGCUGCUGCAGAUCAAGAACACAGGCUCGCUGGACGGUGGCGAUGUGCCGAUCAAGGGUGCGGCGGGCCUGACGAUGAACGAGCUGGCCGCGCAGGUGUUCGUGUUCUUCCUGGCCGGCUUCGAGACGUCCUCGACCACGAUGAACUUCUGUCUGUACGAGCUGGCCAAGAACCCGGACAUUCAGGACCGUCUGCGGGAGGAAAUCGAGCGUGCGGUGGAGGAGAACGGUGGCGAGGUGACGUACGACAUGGUGAUGAACGUGCAAUAUCUGGACAACGUUAUCAAUGAAACCCUGCGCAAGUACCCGCCGAUCGAGUCACUUUCGCGCGUACCGAUGCGUGAUUACACCGUGCCCGGGACCAAGCACGUGAUACCGAAGGACACAUUCAUCCAGAUACCCGUGUACGCGCUGCACCGCGAUCCCGAGUUCUACCCCGAGCCGGACCAGUUCAACCCGGACCGCUUCCUGCCGGAGGAGGUGAAAAAGCGACACCCGUACGUGUUUUUGCCGUUCGGCGAGGGGCCACGCAUCUGUAUCGGGCUGCGGUUUGGCGUAAUGCAGGCAAAGAUUGGGCUGAUUACGCUGCUGCGAAACUUCCGCUUCACGCCCUCAUCGCAAACGCCGGCCAAAAUCGUGUUUGACCCAAAGUCCUUCAUAUUAUCACCGUCCACCGGUAAUUAUCUGAAGGUUGAUAAGAUAUAUUCACUGUUGAAAUAUAACAUGUCAAAAUACAAACAAACGAUCAUCUUUGAACUCGCGGCCCGAAGCACGCUCAGUUUAGGCAGAACUGUAAAAACGUUAGGGCCAGCUGUGUCCGCAAUGGAGCCCGUUACGAUAGUGCUGACGGCGUUUAUUUUCGUGGUCUCGAUCGUGUAUCUAUUUGUGCGCAGCAAGCACAGAUUUUGGAAGGAUCAGGGCGUGCCGCACGCACCGAAGCCCCACCUGUUCUACGGGCACGUGAAGGGACAGUCGCGGACGCGCCAUGGAGCCGACAUUAAUCAGGAAUUGUACCGAUACUUCAAGCAGCGCGGUGUGCCGUACGGUGGCAUCAGUCUCUUCAUUAUGCCGUCGCUGAUCGUGGUCGAUCCGGAGCUGGUGAAGACGAUUCUGGUGAAGGAUUUUAACGUGUUUCACGAUCGUGGCGUGUAUUCCAAUCCGCGAGAUGACCCAUUCACGGGCAAUCUGUUCGGGCUCGAGGGAACACCGUGGCGAUUGUUGCGUCAGAAACUUACGCCGACGUUCACCUCGGGCCGAAUGAAGCAAAUGUUCGGCACCAUCUGGGCGGUUGCGCUUGAGUUAGAAAAGUAUAUGGAGGAGAACUACAACCAGCCGGAGGUGGAGAUGAAAGAUGUGCUGGGACGGUUUACGACCGAUGUGAUCGGGACGUGCGCGUUCGGCAUUGAGUGUAACACGCUCAAGACGCCGGACUCGGACUUCCGCAAGUACGGCAACAAGGCGUUCGAGCUGGACCCGAUAACGUUGACAAAGUUUUUCUUUGCCACCUCGUACCCGCAGCUGGCACGUAAGCUACACGUCCGUACGACGCAGCAGGACGUGGAAGACUUUUUCAUGAAAAUUGUGCGCGAAACGGUCGACUAUCGCGAGACGAACAACGUGCAGCGGAACGACUUUAUGAAUCUGCUGCUGCAGAUCAAGAACAAGGGCAAGCUGGACGAUCACGGUACGGUUGUUGGGAAGGGUGAGGUUGGGUUAACGCACAAUGAGCUAGCGGCCCAAGUGCUGAUCUUUUUCCUGGCCGGCUUCGAGACGUCCUCAACAACGCAAAGCUUCUGUCUGUACGAGCUGGCCAAGAACCCGGACAUUCAGGAUCGCUUGCGGGAGGAGAUCAACCGUGCGAUCGAGGAGAACGGUGGCGAGGUGACGUACGAUGUGGCGAUGAACAUACAGUAUUUGGACAACGUAAUCAACGAAACGUUACGCAAAUAUCCACCGGUUGAAACGCUCACACGCAAACCGUCGAGUGAUUAUGUGAUACCCGGCACCAGGCACAUAGUACCGAAGGACACGGUCGUACAGAUACCGAUCUACGCGAUCCAGCGUGAUCCGGACCACUAUCCCGAUCCGGAACGGUUCGAUCCUGAUCGCUUCCUGCCGGAGGAGGUGAAAAAGCGACACCCGUACGUGUUUCUACCGUUCGGCGAGGGACCACGCAUCUGCAUUGGGUUGCGGUUCGGCAUGAUGCAGACGAAGGUGGGCUUGAUAAACCUGCUGCGUCGGUUCCGCUUCUCACCGUCCGCACGGACACCGGAGCGGGUUGUAUACGAUCCGAAGAUGUUUACGCUGUCCCCUAUCGGUGGGAACUACCUGAAGGUGGAUAAGAUUGCGUAGCUGCUGUCAUGAGGCGGUCGUGUGUUCUUCAACACACUUUUACAAUAAGUCGUACUUUUACGAGGACAAAUACAUGUUUUUUUACUUAGUUUAAACCAA